CAGCAUCCAGCAUGGCCUCCGACAAUGGCAAGACUGGAAAUGGUCAGAUAGACUUUUGCACCUUGGGCAUGUUCAUAAUUGAUGAAAUCGAGUUUCCCCCACCAAAGCCCCCAGUCAAGGACAUUGUUGGCGGAGCUGGCGCUUACUCCGCACUCGGCGCACGCAUUUUCUCUCCACCACCUCAGUCAAAGAGUGUAGGCUGGAUUGUUGAUUGCGGCUCGGAUUUCCCGCCUGAACUGCGCGAGUUUAUUGCACAGUGGGACACGGGUGUGCUGAUACGCGAAACGCCUGAUCGGCUGACAACGCGGGGCUGGAAUGGUUAUGGCGAGAAGGAACAUAGAGCUUUUCGAUACUUGACGCCAAAGCUGCGUUUGAAUCAUGAAUCGCUCGUUGACACACCCCUGUUAUGGUCCAAGUCAUUCCAUCUGAUAUGUUCGCCCCUGCGCUGCAUUGAUCUGGUUGAAAACAUCACCGCAUUACGCAAGCAGAGUGAUGGCGAGAGGGCUGAAUUCCAACGUCCGGUAUUCAUAUGGGAACCAGUACCUGAUCUGUGCACGGCCGACGAGUCUGAGAAUUGCUUAAAGGCACUAAAGUACGUUGACGUGGUGAGCCCCAACAACAGUGAGCUGGGUGGCUUCUUCGGUAAGAAAACCGAUGGGGAGCAUCAAGUCGACUUCCGCGCAGUUGAGGAGCUAUGUGAUCAGUGGCUGGAGAGUGGCAUUGGUCCCAAUAGCGAUGGAGGGGUUGUCGUGCGAUGCGGGAAAGAUGGCUGCUUAGUAACACGCAAAGGGCUACGCAAGUGGCUACCUGCCUACCAUCAAUCAGCGGGAAAGGUGAUUGAUCCUACAGGCGGAGGUAACGGCUUCUUGGGUGGACUGGCGGUUGGUCUGCUAAGAUGUGGUUCGGAAGUGUCGGACAAUCUGGAGGAAGCCGCCAUCUGGGGCUCAAUCUCGGCGAGCUUUGCCAUUGAACAAGUCGGCAUGCCUGUUCUCUCUCACUCUGAGAAGGGGGAAACGUGGAACGGUGUGAGUGUCGAAAAUAGGCUUUCUGAUUUCAAGCAGCGGCUGGCUAGUUAUAUACAGCCAUAGCCACCGUUACUGCUCCCCGCCCAACGCCGGAUAUCUAGUUGUCCAACACCUUCUCUAUCACACUCUGAUUCUGUUUCCU